CGAGCGAACUCGAGGCCGACGCGAGCAGCCUUCGUCGUUGCCGCCGCCGCUGCCGCUGCCGCGCUGAGAGAAGCCGCCGCGGCCGUCCCUGCCGCCCCCGCCGGCCACCAUGUCCGCUCAGGCGCAGAUGCGGGCCCUGCUGGACCAGCUCAUGGGCACGGCCCGGGACGGAGACGAAACCAGACAGAGGGUCAAGUUUACAGAUGACCGUGUCUGCAAGAGUCACCUCCUGGACUGCUGCCCCCAUGACAUCCUGGCUGGGACGCGCAUGGAUUUAGGAGAAUGUACCAAAAUCCACGACUUGGCCCUCCGAGCGGAUUAUGAGAUUGCAAGUAAAGAAAGGGACCUGUUUUUUGAAUUGGAUGCGAUGGAUCACUUGGAGUCUUUCAUCGCUGAGUGUGAUCGGAGAACUGAGCUUGCCAAGAAGCGGCUGGCAGAGACACAGGAGGAGAUCAGUGCAGAAGUUUCUGCGAAGGCAGAAAAAGUACAUGAGUUGAAUGAAGAAAUAGGGAAACUUCUUGCUAAAGCUGAGCAGCUAGGAGCCGAAGGGAAUGUGGACGAAUCCCAGAAGAUUCUUAUGGAAGUGGAGAAAGUCCGUGCAAAGAAGAAAGAAGCUGAGGAAGAAUACAGAAACUCCAUGCCCGCGUCAAGUUUUCAACAGCAGAAGCUGCGUGUGUGUGAGGUCUGCUCAGCCUACCUGGGCCUCCAUGACAAUGACCGUCGUCUUGCAGACCACUUCGGGGGCAAGUUACACUUAGGGUUCAUUCAGAUCCGCGAGAAGCUUGAUCAGUUGAGGAAAACUGUGGCUGAAAAGCAGGAGAAGAGAAAUCAGGAUCGACUGAGGAGGAGAGAGGAGAGGGAGCGGGAGGAGCGGCUGAGCAGGAGGUCUGGAUCAAGAACCAGAGAUCGCAGGAGGUCGCGCUCCCGGGACCGGCGUCGGAGGCGGUCAAGAUCUACCUCCAGAGAGCGCCGAAAGUCUUCCCGGUCCCGGUCCCGAGACAGACACCGGCGCCACCGCAGCCGUUCCCGGAGCCACAGCCGGGGCCACCGCCGGGCUUCUAGAGACCGGAGUGCGAAAUACAAAUUCUCCAGAGAGCGGGCGUCGAGGGAGGAGUCCUGGGAGCACGGACGGAGCGAGCGGGGGGCCCCGGACUGGAAGCUCGAGAGCUCCAACGGGAAGACGGCUUCUCGGAGGUCGGAGGAGAAGGAGGCUGGCGAGAUCUGAACCCACGCCUGCGCACUGUAAAUAGUCUGAUAAACGAAUGACACGGCUUAAAGUUACCCUUUAUAUUUGCUGAUACAACUCAUCUUUUGUAGUUUAAGAUUUCUAUUGUUUUGGAGCUAGCUGUGAGUUUCUAGAGAUGUACAGAGUUGCUCCUGUGUUCUGGGGUUAUGUUGAGUAGGAAUAAAUAAAUCUGACAGACUGCCUCCUGACUGCUGCA